UCUGGUUUAGUGAACGUGGUCCACAAUCAACAACACUUGCUGGCGAAGAUGGCAGCGUCUUCGUCGGCCUUGCGUGUUUACAGUGCAAUACUCAAAGAACUGCGGUCCACGCAAGGACACAAUUACAAGCAGUCGCUGGCGUACACCUAUGUGAAGGACCAGUUUCGUAAAAAUAAGGUGACAGGAGAGAGGUACUGCCGUGCCCAGCAGGAGGCGCUCCAUGCCUCCCAAACGUACCUGUGUCUGCUGACAUCCACUAGGAACCACCAGGCUCUGCACGAGCUUUACCACGGGAAGGGAGAGCGCAGCCCGGAAGAGGUGGCCGGCCUGGUGGGGCUCAGGUUGCCCACUCAGCCUGGAGGCAAAGGCUGGGAGAAGUGAACACCUCUGUGGGACGUGACGAUGGAAUAAGGAUGCCUCAGGAACUUUGAGCGAGGGAUUGCGUGAAAGAGUAAAGGCUGUGGACAGUACCCGCUAUCCUCCACAGAAGAAAUAUGUAUGGAGAAAUACAUUAUAAAUAUACGCACCUGGCAGUUUAUAUGCAUCUCAUUUUGUUCUUGUCCUGCAAAUGUUUUAAUAUGUUCAAAAGCAGCAGCAGACAUUCGCAAGAGCUGUUCAGGUUUGAUUCAUUUCUCUAUUAAACGAUGAAACAUGUUUGGUUUUCAUU